UUAAAUUGUUCUUGGGUCAUUGUUUACUUCACAGCAGCCUGGUGUGGACCUUGUAAGUUCAUAUCUCCUGUUAUUGGACAGCUGAGUGAGAAAUAUCCUCAUGUCACCACGUACAAAAUUGACAUUGAUAAGGACGCUCUUGCUGAAGCAUUAAUGAAAUUAGGAAUCCAUUCUGUGCCCACCAUACACUUCUUUCAGAACGGGAAAAAGGCAUCCGAGAUGGUCGGUGCUGAUGUUAAGCAGUUGAACGCGACUAUGGAAGAAUUGUACAAUCUGUCCAUGAAGGUCGCAUUUAUCAGUUGAAGUUAUUUUGCGACAAGGAUUAUCCUGAGAAGCCACCAAGUGUUCGUUUUCAUUCUCGGAUCAACAUGACCUGUUGAUCCUACAAACUAGUUUGAAGGAAAUCAUCCUACAACCAGUUUGUUGUCUUGAGUUUGUAUUUUAAGUUGGAUAAUUUUUUAGGAAGUACUACUAUGAGCUGUUGGUGAUGUUGACCUCAAUGCUAGUGGACAGACAACUUAAUAGUUAGUGAACUGUGUACCUUCACCUUUUUGCAAAUAGACCUGUACAUUCUGGAGUUUGGGAAAAAGACAGAAAGUUGGUUUGCCAACAUUUGUAAAUGUUGUAUGUUGUAUGGUUUUCCUUUUCUAAACAUGUGUUUCUUUUGGAAUGCA